GCGUGUCCUGUCGCACAUAGAUGACUCGGGGUGUAGCUGUUGCCCGGCUGUCUUCUUCUUACCUUACCCAUUACCAUCUGGGGUUUUUAAAAGGAUGUACCCAUGAUGUUGAAUUGUAUUGAUUUACGGUAAAGGUGUGUGUGUGUGCACCAGCUGUCAGUUGGAGAACAGGAUGUGAUGUCACAGCGGUAGGCCCAUAUUUCUGUCCAGCAGUGUGUUUGACUCUGUGGACAGGACAUGUUUGAAGUCAAACCUCGUGCUGUGGAGAAGAAAGAGUCCAGCACUGAGACAGAUGAGGGGUUGGGCAGCAGCGGGAGGCAUUAUGGCUCCGAGUCACUGGGAUCUGCUUCUGUUGAAUCUGGGUCUGUCUACCUGUCAGACAGCCAGGACUGGGUUGUUUCCCCAGUCUGCUCUCCAGACGAAGGCCAUGCCCAUCAUACUGCCAUCACACCCAUGUUAGCGGAAGAGACCCUCCACUACAUGACGUAUCUUACUUUGGGUCGCUCUUCUUAUUCCAACUCUGACUCUCAGGGCCUCUCCAAAGUCCUCAGUGCUGAUCGUGUGGAGCAGAUCACCAAAGUGUACAAUGACAUCGAAGUGGUCACACACCUUUUGGCCGAGCGAGACCGGGAUUUGGAGCUGGCGGCUCGAAUUGGUCAGUCACUUCUUAAGAGGAACCACCUGCUGCAGGAGCGCAAUGAGGCUUUAGAGGAGCAGCUAGCACAGGCUCUGGACCAGGUUCACCAACUGCAGCACGUGCUCAGUAAGAAAGAUGACUUACUGCGGAUGGUCGCCAAUGCCUCUGAGGAAAGCGAGACCGAUUCCAGCAUCCCCACGCCGCUGCCACAAGCACCGGGGGUAACUGCCGUCACAGCCGCUGCUCUCAACCAGCUGGAGUCUUUGCAGAGCAAACUGCAGGAACUGGAGGAGGAGAACCUGGCACUGAGGUCUGAGGCCAGUCAACUGAAGAGAGACACCAUAACCUAUGAGGAGAAGGAGCAGCAGCUCGUGAGCGACUGUGUUAAGGAGCUCCGUGAGUCCAACAGCCAGAUGGUCUCUCUGACAGACGAACUGUCUCAAAAGAGUGAGGAGCUGCUCAGACACCAAGAAGAGAUCGCUCAGCUGCUCUCCCAAAUCGUAGAGCUCCAACACAGAGUAAAGGAGUUGGCACUGGAAAAAGAAGAACUCAGGAUCCACCUGCAGGCAUCCAAAGAUGCUCAGAGACAGCUCACAGCAGAGUUGAAUGAGUUAACUGAGAGGAAUGCAGAGUGUGUAGAGAUGCUCCAUGAGUCCCAAGAGGAAAUCAAGGAACUUCGCAACAAAAACACACCCUCUGCUGGCAUGCAAAGGCAUCUGUCUUAUGGCCUCUACCCCAUGGACUCUUUGGCCGCAGAGAUCGAGGGUACAAUGAGGAGACAGCUGAGUGUGGAAGAAGAGAUCGCAUUUCAGGACCAAAGACUUGCCCAGAAACGAAUCUUCCAAACUGUUCGCUCUGUCAACACCUCGGUAUCAAGAGCCGCUUCGGCAGCCCCUCCUAUCCCUGGUUCAGGACAGAGCUCCUUGGUGAUGACUGCACAGCCCUUCCAGUCUGCUCAGGAAGAGGAGGUGCAACUCAGCCAAGCAGCAUCUCCUGGAGGAAAUGACCUCAAUAAAGCCCUCCAUUGUCUGUCACUGAGACAACAGAACUUUCUGUCUGAGCAUCAGUUCUUCCAGGCAGAGCAAGAAAGGAAGCUGCAGUUCCGGGCAGGGGCGGAGACAGAGGGAGAGGGCAGCGUCUGCAGCUCACCAGUGGGGAGUUCGGUCUCCUCCUUCACCAAUCUGUCAGAUUUCUCCAUCGGCGCAAAUGUUUUCAAGACCUUCCUGCCUGAGAAGCUUCAGAUCGUUAAGCCCAUGGAAGGUUCACUCACGCUUCACCACUGGCAGCAACUAGCCAAACCGCACCUAGCCACCAUCCUGGACCCCCACCCUGGAGUGGUAACUAAGGGUUUCCGUCCACUGACUCAGGAUGCCGUCUACCACCUCAGUGACAUGGAAGAGGAUGAGGAAAAUGAAGAACGUAGCGAGAGAAGGAUUGCUGCCCUGGAGAAGGGUGUGUCAGAGCACAGUAAGGAAGAGGAGGAUGAGGAAGGUGAUGACUUUGGCAUCACCUUCAAAGUGGACUGUUCAUCUACACCCGAAGAGAGGAAAGACAGGAAACAAUCUGUGUCACCCAUCCCAGUUCCGCCUCUCUCCCCCUCCCUGCCGACAUCACCUAAGCCAUCUACUUUCUCUUCAUUGAGAUCUAACCUCAGUGUGACACCUGGACCCUGUGAUGUCACAGAGAGAUCCGGUGUAUUGUCUUCACCCAUUCCAGGAGCAUCUCCAGUGAAAGACCAGUCACAAAUCCAGAUUAGCACCUCGGCAUCAUUUUCCUCUGUCCAAAACCCAGGGAAGUAUCAGAGCUCCACCUUCUCUACCUACACCAUCACUACGUGCCACAUCCUGCACCCUAGUGAUGUCACACAGGUCACCCCCAGUUCUCAGGCGUCCGUCUUGGCCAACACACCCAGUUCCAUGAGGACAGGUCCGAGUACACCGGUGACUCCCUGCAGACUGAGUCUGGGUGAUUCCUUCCCUCCUCGACGCACCCCUGCUCCUCCCUGUGGCCUGGCCAAGCUGAUACUGGAAAAGGGCAUUUCUGCACAAGUCUCCACUGAGAGUCCUCCUCCUUCACCUAGACCCACCCACCGGAAACCCCUCUUCUGCCUACUUCCAAGCACACCUCCCAACUCCCCCUCCCACACACCCGCUCCUUCCCCAGUGCCCCCAGAGACCCGCCAGCAGCCAGCUGACAACUUCCUAGCCUCGCGUCCCGCAGAGCUCUUCCUCCAGGAUGUUUAUGGCUUGAACCUGGGCCGAGCCCCGCAUCCUGACCUACCAAGUCCCACACAAGAUACUCCAUCAUUCACCUCAUCCUCCAAAUCUGGCCAUCCUAAGGCCGACCCAGUCAGCAUCAGCUUGGUGGAGAGGCUGCACCGACUGGGGUUCACUAAAGUGCUGCAGGGUCCAGACUGUGAAGCUUCACCACCACGUCAGGAUUCUUCCACUUUUGUGUCAGCAGGUGGAGGAAGCCUUUUGGAUGGUCUCAGGCGUAACCAGAGCCUCCCGGCCAUGAUUGGUGCCCGAGCAGGGAGGCUACACACUGCAGCGCCGCCUCCUCACCCCACAUCCCUGGAUCUUCCUCCAUCAUCGUGGGGAAAUGUCAAAGAACGACGCCGUCGACUUGCCUCUGUCUGCAACGCCCUGCCAAAUUCAGCUCAACGCUGAGGAGACGGGGUGGAUGAACCGGGUGAGCGCCAACCUCUUCUCUCUGCUCCUUAUCCUCCUCCCUCUUUGCACCCUUCUACGUCUGACAAGAGGAGUCUGAGCAGAACAAGCCCUCCUUUUAUGACUUCAUUUUAAAGCACAAAUAGACUGAACUGUUUUUAGACAUAUGGCUGUGUUCUUUGUGUCUAUGUAAUAAUGCUCGACAUGAAGGCCUUAGCCUGUAAAUCCAUUGCUCACCUCUCACAUUCUGCUUGAAAACCUUAUUUAGGUUCUGUAUGUUUCCUAUAAGGCUCUGGAUGCUCAAGCACAGGCAGCUGGUGAAGAAGAAAUGACAACAUGGAAGUGAACGAGGGUUUGUGGAGGUUCUCAUAAGAGUGUUACGACUCGUUUGGUGUGUAAAUGGAAGAAAAAGCACGGACUGUGCGUGGAUAAUUGUGCAAGAAUAGAAAGGAAAUGUUUGACUGGAGAAAAGAGGGAAAAUGAGUGUACAGAGUCUUUGAGUGUCGAGGACUUGUUCUGUAGUGUUGCAAUAAAGCUUUAGUCUUUGGCCAUAUACCAUGAUGCUACCCAUAUGUUUGUCAUCAUGGACCACCAGGAGCACAGCGGAAGGUUUUGGGACAUAAACUGAAGAGAGGGUUCUCUUCGCUUUAAUUUUUUUUUUU